AUGGUGCAGUACAACCUUCCCCCACUCUCUCCAGGAUAUUUCUACCAGCAAUCGGCCAUGACAACGUCCAAGGCAGCCUUGAAAGAGGUUCGGGAAACUUUGGAAGCUGGUAAAUAUGGUCCUGCAGCAGUCAGAGCUUUGGAACUGAUUCAGAAGGACCCGAAUAACUACUACUUGAAAGUAUUUUUUGGUGUCGCGAACGAGAAAUUGAACCAACUUCAAGAUGCGGAGACUGCUUUUAACCAAGCGACUAACCUCAACCCCAGUGAUCCACUCGCUUGGCAAGGAUUGAUCACCUUGUAUGACCGGUGGACCGGCGGUAAGAAACUGGACCAAUUUCGACAUGCCGUCCUCCAGCUCGGUCAGAUAUAUCAGGAAAGAAACCUACCCGACCGCUGUCAAGAUAUCGUGAACAGAUACACGAAGGCAGCCCAGAAGAGUGGCACCCCGCUCCAAUACAAACAAUCUCUUGAAUUGCAGAUCCCAUCCUCCCCUUUGUACGAAUUUCUUGAAGGCCGACUCCCGCGGCCCUCCCAGACCUACAGCCGUCUGGUCGAUAUAACCGAGGUGGAGGAGAAAGAGUGGAUCAAUCGCGAAAUUGGUGAGCGCAGAACGCGACUCGGUGCUAAACUUGACGAGGUCACAAUCGAAGUGAAAAAAGAAGCUUCCAAAAAAUUUCAACUCGACCAGCUGUACAACGAGCUGAUUAGCUGGUCGAACGACGAUGUAGUCCGACGAGAAUGUGAGGAGAAACUCCUGGUCCGCGCAUACGAGGGACUCGCAUUUUUCUCUGGAAAGCAGAAGGACAAGCAACGCCGAAAUGUCGAAAAAGCUGCUAAGGAUAUGGUCAUCAUCAAGCACCCUUUCCAACUUGCCUGGGAUAUCUUUCUGGAGUGGCAGGACAUUGAAGAGUAUUCGCAAUACGAUGUGGGAGUCUUACGCCAAUAUAUUGAAUUCUUUGAGUCAGGAGAUUCAGGUCUGGCUAAGAUCCUCAAAGCGUUUCUUGCAAGUGGACUUUCUCCCUUCCCGCCAGAUGAAAAGGCAGCCGACGAUGAUGAAGCCUCGGCGAAGGACCCCGAAAAUUCUGAGAGUUCCGAUGGUGAUCCAGUCACUGCCGAUGAACUAUUGCUCCUGAUGGUUGAGGGUUUCGAGAAGGCCCCUUCUUCUAUCAUUGCGCACCGGAUUACAGCAGAUUUCUACUUCUCAAUUGAUGAAUAUUCCACCGCUAUCGAAACAGCUCGUAAGGGACAAGUCUGUACUUCCGCAGUCGUCAAUUACACUGGGGGGCUUCUACAAAACCAUGAUGAUGCUCUGUGCACCACGCUCGCCAACUCUCUGAUUCAUUAUCAAGCACCUCGUUACCACCUUGAGGCCAAAAAACUCUUCGAGGACAUUCUCAAGAGAAAACCAUCUUCUACCACCUGCCUUCUAGGCGUCGGCUUGGUCUUGGAAAUUGAUGAGCAGUAUGAAAAUGCGGCAGAUUUCUUUCAACGUGCCUGCGAACGUGAUCCUUCCAAUAUCAAGAUUCGCGGGGAACUGGCAUGGUGCAAUGCCAAGGCUGGAGAUAUGGAGGCCGGGCUUAAAGCCCUGCAAGACGUCCUCGCAAGGGUCAUCGAGGAACAGCCUGACAACAAGCCGUUGAAAUCUGAGCUUCUGUAUCGCAUUGGUCACUGUCAAUGGGAGUUAGACCCAUCCCCGGCUGUCCGAAAAGAUCGCAAGGGUGCUUUUGCAAACUUCCUAGCCUCUAUCACCGCCAACCUUAACUACGCCCCGGCAUAUACGAGCCUGGGUAUCUACUACUCUGACUAUAAGGGCGACAAAGUUAGAGCACGCAAGUGCUUCCACAAGGCUUUUGAGCUGUCCUCGUCGGAAAUCGAAGCCGCGGAACGUCUUGCAAAAGGAUUUGCGGACCUCAAAGAGUGGGAGAUCGUAGAGGCUGUUGCCCAGCGAGUGAUUGACUCUGGAAAGGUUCAGCCUUCACCUGGCUCGAAGCGUAAAGGGUUUAGCUGGCCAUUUGCUGCCCUCGGAACAGUUCAAAUCAACAAGCAGCAGUACGCCCAAAGUACUGUUUCGUUUCAAAACGCCCUUCGAGUCUCCGGUGAUGAUUAUUAUGCUUGGGUGGGUCUGGCUGAAAGCUACCAUCAUUCCGGUCGAUACAUCGCUGCGACCAAGGCUUUUGAGUAUCUGCAGACCCUGGAAUCUAAGCUCUCAAGUGAAGACCGUGAAAAUGUCUGGUUUGUCCAUUACAUGCAGGCAAACGUGAAGAGAGAGCUUGGUGACUACACGGAUGCUAUCGACAACUACCGUGAUAUCCUGGCUACCCGCGCGGGUGAUCUCGGCGUCUCGGUGACUCUUCUGCAAACUCUGGUAGAGAACUCGUGGAGAUGUCUCCGCUCCGGAUUGUUCAACGAAGCCGCAGAGCAGUCGAUCAAAGCCCUCGAACUGUCCAGCAGUAUCGUCGAGACUCGAGCUGACAUUUCCAACAUGUGGAAAUCAGUCGGUGAUGCCUGCGCCAACUUCUCCUACAUUAAGAAAAAGACAGGGCUCCUCUCUUUCUCGAAGUGUAAGGCUCUCAUCACUACUCAACUUGACCCCGUGGCACUUGAUCUCCUGAGCGAGGUUGAUGGAGUGGGUAACAGUUGGCUUUACGAAAAUGAAGACUCCCAUUCUUCUGAUUUCUGUGUCUACAUGUCUAUCCUGGCUUACAAACGUGCAAUUGAUGCUUCCAUCAAUGAUCCCUAUUCCCAGGCUAUUGGAUGGUACAAUCUUGGCUGGGCUGAGUAUCGCGCCUAUCGCCAUAGUAGCAAGGGUAAGAAGCCUCGCAAGUUUCUCAUGGCGGCGAUGCGCUGUUUCAAACGAGCCAUUGAGCUGGAAGCUGGCAAUUCGGAGUUCUGGAACUCACUGGCUGUUGCUACCACUGAACUGAACCCGGAGGUGGCCCAGCAUGCUUUUGUGAGAAGCUUGCAUCUGAACGAGAAGAAUGCACGAGCUUGGUGCAACCUCGGAACAUUCUAUCUCAUUCACAAGGAAAUUCAGCUGGCCAAUGAAGCUUUUAUGCGCGCCCAGUCGAUUGAUCCGGAUUAUCCCCAGGCCUGGAUUGGCCAGGGAUUCGUCGCACUCAACUAUCUUGACACUGCGGAAGCCCGAAGUGUCUUUGAGCAUGCGUACGAAAUUUCCGGAUCGACUGCUGUCCUUGCCAAGCGUCAGUACACGCUCUCGCUAUUCGACCAGCUCCAGUCUGGUCCUGCGUCGCACGAGGUUUCCGAACUCAUUCAGCCAUUCUUUGCCCUUCAUCAGCUCUGCAUCCAGGAUCCAUCUGAUUUGACCUUCACGCACCUUUCUGCCCUACUUGCAGAGAGAAUGGGGGAGACUGCCGAUGCCGAAGCUAGUCUGGAAGUUGUGUGUGCGGGUAUGGAGGCUGAGUACGAGGAAUCUGAGUCCGCAGCCUCGCUCGAGAAAUACGCACAGGCAAAUGCAGAUAUGGCUCGCGUGCUUCUGGCAAACUGUGAGUACGAAAAAGCUAUCGAGAAGGCAGAGCUCGCGCUCUCCCUCUCCGGCGAGGAAGAUGCGGGCCAGUUUGAUGCUGAGACGUGCAGCAAGCUCCGUCUGUCCGCAUGCCUGACUGCCGGCUUGGCAUACUACUACACUAAGUCUAUGGACAACGCUAUUGACAUGUUCCGUGAUGCCAUCCAGGAUUCUAACCACGACCCGAAUGCGGUUUGUCUCCUUGCCCAGGUUCUGUGGGCCAAGGGCGGCGAAGAAGAGCGCUCGGUUGCGCGCCAACAGCUUCUUGACUGUAUCGAAGCCCAUCCAGACCACGUCGGUGCUGUCACUCUCCUUGGAACAAUUGCUCUCCUGGAUAAGGAUAAGGACGCGAUUGAUGCCGUGGGAUCGGAUCUGUACGGCAUGAUCACGAACGACAAUCUUGAUCUUCACUCCCGAGCCACAAUUCUCAAGCUCUUGGCUGCGAUCUCUAUGAUGGGCUUCACCGAGACUGACGAGAUUUCCAACGAAACUCGUCUCAUCGGAGAAGCUACAGCUGCUAUCAUGCUGUCUCCCGACAAGCCGCAGGGCUGGAUGGAGCUGUCCGCGGUUUCGGGAUCCUCGUAUGCCGCAGAAAUGGCCGUCAGCCGAUCUCUGCGCUCUGUGCCACCUCACGGAAACCUAACUGCUGAUGAUCUCAGCAAGGCUUAUGCACAAACUGGUAUGACCGGUGAUGCCUUUGUCUCUAUUAUGGUUGCGCCAUGGUGCCGUGAGGGAUGGGACGCGUUAACCGACUCCCUGGGUAAUACUGCGGAUUAG